UAACAGAAGAAAAUGGCGGCGCCCAUGAGCGAGGGGCCUCCAGCUUUGGAGCCAGGCGCUGCUCCCUACGGCAACUUUCCCAAUUAUUCCCGCUUCCACCCUCCCGAGGUCCGGGUCAGCCUCCUGCCUGGCGGGCUCUUGCGGAGCCUGUUCCCCGCGGCGUCCCGCCCGCUGCUGGGGCUCGAUGUGGGGUGCAACUCGGGGGAGCUAAGCGUGGCUCUGUACAGGCAUCUCCUUGGCCUUCAGGAGAGCGAAGGCAGCCUGGACCAGCCUGCAGCUGGAAAGGAUCUGAACCUUCUGUGCUGUGACAUUGAUCCAGCGUUGAUUGAGAGGGCUCAGCAGUGCAGCCCCUUUCCUGCCUCCAUAUCCUUUGCCAACCUGGACAUCAUGGACUCCGGUGCCAGGGAGCCAUUCCUGAGUUCCUACCUGGGCCGUUUCGGCCGCUCCACCUUUGACAUUGUUUUUUGCAUGUCUGUGACCAUGUGGAUCCACCUGAAUCAUGGGGAUAGUGGCCUGAUGGAGUUCCUGUCCUUCCUCUCCUCUCUGUGCAAGUACCUGCUGAUUGAACCUCAGCCGUGGAAGUGCUACAGGGCGGCCGCGCGCCGCCUGCGGAAGCUGGGCAGAAAUGACUUUGAUCACUUCCGAUCUCUUGCUAUCAAUGGGGAUAUGGCAGAGAGGAUAACCCAGAUCUUGACGCAGGACUGCGCCAUGGAGCUGGUGUGCUGCUUUGGGAGCACCAGCUGGGACAGAAGUCUCUUGCUUUUUAAGUCAAAUGGCUCAAAUCACAAGAGCAGGGAGUCUUCAGGACAGGAGCAGUGACUGACAGUGGCCCUCUCACAUUCAUGAAUUCAUAGGCAAGGAGGUGUUUGCUGUUUACAGAGUCGGAUGUAGGAAUUCCUAAAUCCCUCCUGGGACCAGGCCUUGAUCUCCCUAGGGAGUUUGAGGCAAGUAAUGCCUGUGUGAUUUUUUUUUUUUUUUUUUUCAUCUGCCAAAUGUGGUAGCAGUUUUAACCUACCUUGUGGGUUCUGACAUUGCUGUUCCUAGAAAGUGCUCUUGAAAUCAAAGUUGCUACAUAUGUGCUUUCUGUGUGUACCAAGAAUAUUCUCUGAAAGAAGAGAGAACAUGCCUUUUUUGUCCCUGGAGUUUUUCAAGGAAAGGGAACUUUUCUGUUGACCCAUGUGAUGCACUGUUUGUUCUGUUUCUUGUCAUGUUUUCUGAACAAAGUGCUCUUAGAAAACAUAUAACCUGGUUUGCUAGCUAUGAAAAAGUAAGUUGGAUGGUUGCAGAGGGUGUCUGGUCAACAGGUUGCCCAGAGGGGUGGUGGAUGCCCCAUCCUGGAAACGUUCAAGGUCAGGCUGGACGGGGCUCUGAGCACCCUGAUCGCGUUGAAGAUGUCCCUGCUCGUGGCAGGGGGUUGCACUAGGUGGCCUUUAAAGGUCUCUUCCCCCCAAAACCAUCCUGUGACUUGCUGAUGUUGGUCAGGCUGUGAUCAGUGUCCCUUUGCACUGGGGCUUGCUUGGAGUGUGCUAUGGAAGUUGACAGUGGUGUGAUCCUCCUGUGGAGCAAGGGAUUUCUGUGGUAGGGUGUGUGUUCAUUUAACUGUAUAACAGUGCUUUUUGUAGUAAUAUCCUUAAAAUAAAAAUAACUUAAUUUUGUCCUAAA